UCACCUCUUUCACUUCGAAUGUCUUAUUCAUUGCUUCGUGUAGAUACGACCGUGAUUUCCUAAUGCAGUUCAUGCACAUUUGCAAGGAGAAGCCGCCUACCCUUCCUGCUCUCGAUGUUCUUGGCAUUGAACCUAUCGAUCAAGUUUCGUUUCCCCCUCGUGGUGGCUCUGGACGUCAUCGCAACGCCUGUUCUGCCUCGACUAGCUGUGCCACUACUGAAUUGUGCGCCUCGAUGCCCUCUCCCACUGAGAUUCCACGAAGGCGUUCUGGCCCUCUCGACCUUAUCUCAGCGAAGAGAGAUGUUUCCGCCCCUCCCCCUUCUGCACUCCUCACCGCACGUGUUAUCGGGAAUCUCAGCGAGAUUACGUACCCCGAAGGCAUCAAGGGCCCGAGGGUUGAACUCAAUGUGAACGUCAGGGAUGGCCGAUUCAGAUACGAUCGUGACUUCCUUAUGCAGUUCAUGCACAUUUGCAAGGAGAAGCCGCCUACCCUUCCUGCUCUCGAUGUCCUUGGCAUUGAACCCGUCGAUCGAUCUUCGUUUCCCAUGGCCCUCGGUGGCCCUGGAUGUCAUCGCAACGCCUCUGGUGCGAUGCCCAUUUCUACCAACCGCCAGGCUUCUGUAGGUCUGGGUAUCGGUGGCUUCCAGAAACCCUCCAUUCCAAGCGGUUUCCAGAUGGGCAAUUUCCAGUCUCCAGGAAGCAAACUUACCAGCGAAGAGCGGUUUUCCAUGUCCAAUUCCUGUUCUGCUUCAACUAGCAGUGCCUCUUCCCAAUUCCGUUCCACGGUGGCGUGCACGCUCAGCACAAGUGGACCUGGGCAUCCCAUACGUGGCACCAAGCGCAUACGCACUAAACGCGGUGAGAGGCGUGAUGGUACCAACAAGGCACCGAUGUCCCAGGAAGAACAUGGUUCUGGCUUUGGCGCUGGUUUUGAGCCCGUUACACCUCUGGAAUUGUCUGCCAACCGUUGGGUCCCUACGAGUACGACCCGCAAGGCUCAACCUGGUGUUGAUUCACCUGAGCUGGUGGACCGUAAGGUCAAGGCGCUGCUCAACAAGCUUACGAUGGAGAAGUUCGAGACGAUUUCAGACCAGAUCAUCCACUGGGCCAACAAGAGCGUGAAUGAGAAGGAUGGGCGGACCCUCAUCCAAGUCACCCGACUGGUGUUCGAGAACUUGAAGGCGACUGACGAGACUUGGAGCGGGAUGUACUAUGCGUUGUUGUGUCGGAAGAUGAUGGAGCAGAUCAGUCCUGAGGUGCAGGCUGAGGGGAUCAAGAACACAGGGGGCAAGCCUAUUGCUGGCGGACAGCUGUUCCGGAAGCAUCUCCUCAGCCGGUGUCAAGAAGACUUUGAGCGCGGGUGGUUCCCUUGCAAGGAAGCUACUGCUGCAACCGCUGCAGCGAAGAUUUCCGACCAUUACGCAACCAAGGCUGCUCACAAGAAGAUUGGCACGAAAGAAGCUGAACUCUUUUUCGAUGAGUACUACGCUGCAGAGAAGGCGCGGCGCCAGGGUCUUGUUCUCAUCAGGUUCAUCGGCGAGCUGUUCAAGCUGCAGAUGCUCACAGAGCGUAUUAUGCACGCGUAUGUGAAGAGGCUGCUGGGCGAUAUCGAGAACCGCGAGGAAGAGAAGAUUGAGAGCUUGUGUCAGCUGUUGAGGACGAUUGGCCAGUUGCUUGACACGCCGAAAGCCCGGGCACGCAUGGAUGUUUACUUCACGCGCAUGAGGGAGCUCGGAAAGAGCCAUAAUGUCAGCACUCGAUGUCAUCGAGUUGCGUGACCGUGCAUGGAUGAGUCGCAAUGCUGCGCCUAUGAGGAUUGCAGCCGUUCACGUGCUGGCCGCCAAGGAGAAAGCAGCCGCAGAGAAGGAGUCUUUCAACCGACGUCAGAUUGGCGUGCUUCGUGACGGUUUUCGACGCGGCGACAACCGGAACCGGGAACACGGCCCUGACGGCUUGGCUGUUGCAG